AAACGAAAGCGAGCUGAUCCUGGAGUCCCUGCAAUCCUUCUCGAAACUCCUGAACAGUUUUCCAGGGUACAAAUUCAGUUCCUUUCAAGUUACCGGAGCAGUGAGGAUCAAGUUGCUAUUCAGUCAAGAGGAUCCACGUCUAAGGAGAUCCUCGAUCCAGUUAUUAGGAGAUCUGGCAACAUCCUUUGGCCAGGAGACCAAUUUGGAGGCAUUCAAGGAUCGAGUGAGAUCCAAGGGAACCUCAUCACUUUACUCUUGCAUCUAUGCGCUCCAGACGUGUAUAUUGUCAAGGCCUGUAAAAGUACAAUGCAGAAGGUUGGCCCUUAUCUGGAUUUUCCGGAGGUAUACCGCAUGAUCCAGGAGUGUUUGGGCGAUGACACCGACUUGAUGUUCACGGAUUUUAUUGGGGAGUUAAUUAAACGCAUGGGAUUUAUGGAAUCAAAGAUAUCAAGGUUAUUUGGGGGUCAAAUCGAGGACGAGUUGGUUUAAAGGUGGCGUCUAAGGGCCAAUCCCGCCCUUGUCAUCGGUUUGUUCUACGCCGAACUACUACCCGAGAAUAAACCGAAAGUUUCACUGGAAACUGUCUGUGAUAAACUGAACAGACUGAUGCAAGACGAGUCAGAAGAAGUUAGGAUUAAGGCAAGUCAAGCUAUAUCGUGUUUGUUUUUAUAAUUAUUGUAGAACGGAAUGUGCUAGGGGGAUAGUACGAUUAAGUCUUUUAAAUCAGUUUUUAGUAAGAAAAUUUAAAAAAAGUCAACAGGGGUCAAAACUGACUUGUGGGUGGACUUUGUAGCUUAUAAGUUUAUCUCUGUCGCACUCAUUGUAAAAAAAAACUUGAAACGUGGAAAAACUGAAAUUUCACAAAGUUUAUUAGUUUUAAAAUUUUGCAUAACUUUUUUGUUAUUAAAGAUAGAGCUUUCAUUUAAAAACUGUCAAGUACUCCAUGCAAAGGGGCACCUUGCACAUAAUUAUCAAAAUUGAAAAAAAUAUAGUUUUUGAGAAAAAUCGAAAUUUAUGUUUUUUACGAUUAACAUGUACUUUUUUAGAUCGAAAAUUUUGCAUAACUUUUUUGUUAUUAAAGAUAGAGCUUUCAUUUAAAAACUGCCAAGUACUCCUCGCAAAGGGGCACCUUGCACAUAAUUAUCAAAAUUGAAAAAAUUAUAGUUUUUGAGAAAAAUCGAAAUUUAGGUUUUUUACGAUUAACAUGUACUUUUUUAGAUCGAAAAUUUUGCAUAACUUUUUUGUUAUUAAAGAUAGAGCUUUCAUUUAAAAACUGCCAAGUACUCCUCGCAAAGGGGCACCUUGCACAUAAUUAUCAAAAUUAAAAAAAUUAUAGUUUUUGACAAAAAUCGAAAUUUCGGUUUUUUACAAUUAACAUGUACUUUUUUAGAUCGAAAAUUUUGCAUUACUUUUUUGUUAUUAAAGAUAGAGCUUUCAUUUAAAAACAGUCAAGUACUCCUAGCGAAGGGGCACCUUGCACAUAAUUAUUAAAAUUGAAAAAAUUAUAGUUUUUGAGAAAAAUCGAAAUUUUGGUUUUUUACAAUUAACAUGUACUUUUUUAGAUCGAAAAUUUUGCAUAACUUUUUUGUUAUUAAAGAUAGAGCUUUCAUUUAAAAACUGUUAAGUACUCCUAGCGAAGGGGCACCUUUCGCGUAAUUAUCAAAAUUGAAAAAAUUAUAGUUUUUGAGAAAAAUCGAAAUUUCGGUUUUUUACAAUUAACAUGUACUUUUUUAGAUCGAAAAUCUUGC